CUCCUUGAUUAUCGAUCAUGCCACCCAGGCACGUCAAACUUUCCACUUUUUUCCAAAUCUUGUCCAUAAAGUAUGAUCGGGUUGAUUCUGACUGUAUUGUACAUCAUGAUCUUGCUUUUUCACUUGUGUAUGUUGAGGCCUACUGUUGCACCGUCUUCUGCUACACUGGUUGUUUUGACCUUCAUUUGCUGGUGUAUAGAAUAGAAGAGCUAUGUCAUCUGCAGAGUCCAAAUUGUCUAGUUGCAUCCAAUCUGUCCAUUGUAUUCCGUAAUUCAGACAACCACUAGAACAGAGAAAUAGUGAGAGUGAGCACCCUUGUAUGACUCCGGUCCUCAUUUGAAAUACUUCUAUAAACUGUCCCCAGUGCACGACUUUGCAGUGUAGUCGGUCGUAUGAAUUGCGGAUGAUGUUGGUGAUCUUUUCAUCUACUCACAACACAGUGUUGAAGAAAAUUCCUUAAGGUUCUAUCCACUCUAUCGAAC